UUUAAAAGUCUUGCGCUGUAGGAAUCACAGGUCAUCAUAAAGAACUUCACAACCGAUAGAGUUGACUAAAGAUACCAAUGGGACUCUCUCUCUGAAAAUUGUUCAGUAAAAUUUGUUCUAAGGAGACUGUCAAAACUGUGCCAAAGUAUUUGGCCUCUGUUUUCUUUGCUUUAGGCACAGUAACUACGCCCCACACAUGGAAUUGGUUAGAGAUGGAAAAAAACGAGAGCUGCAGUUUAUUCAAGCCUGCUCUAAAUGUUAGAAACAUUUGAAAACAAGGAAGCAUUCUGCGAAAAGAGUGCCUAGACAGGUCUUACGCCGAUUUUAAUUAAUUGCAGUGUUUUGGCAGAGUUUGGGGUAUCCUUCAGUGCCUGCGUUUAACCUUUGGGAUUUAUUUAGCCUACGGGGUCACCUCAUAUGGUGCAGCAGCUGUUACUUAAAAAAUAAAUCCAAGAUAAUUUGGGAAGUGAAACAUUUUCAGUUCUGCUUCAUGCUGGACGGAGUGGAACAAUCUCUACUUUUCUCUGCUUAAGCGCCGUUUCUUCUCCCCCCCAGAAAAAAAACCUACUGGCUUCUUUUCCUAAUAGGGUUGCCGAUAACUGGGAUAAAUGUUUGAAAAAGGUACAGUUAUGUUUUUUUGGCUUUGGUUUCUACUGUGUGACUUCUGUUUCACCAUCCCCAUAGCAGCUCCUGCUCGUCUGGAGACUGGGCAUCUGAUACCCAUUGAAAGCAACACUUUGACCAGAGAGUUCAAUAUCCCUGAGUUAGAGGAGGAUGACUACACUGAACUUGAGGACUAUGAGGAUGAAGAGGAUAUCUUUGGCUUUCCUGAGGAUGCAUUAGUAAAUAAGGAACAAGUUGCCACUCCUAAAACCUUAGAUUCCCUACGUAAAAAAUUCAAGGGCAAGUCUCGGAUCCAACGAUUGGCUUUGGUCAACACUGAUUUUGCCUUCAAUUUCUACAGGGCCUUGCUGAAGUCCCAGUCAAGUGACAAAAAUAUGGUCUUCUCUCCAUUUGGACUCUCCAGUCUGAUGGCGAUGGUCAUGGUGGGGGCAGGCAACAGGACCCAGCAGCAGAUCUCCCGAGCUCUUGGCUUCGAUCAGUUUGUCAAUACCAGACCAGAGACGGGUGACGAGGUUCUGCACGACGUCUUCCACAAGCUCAUCCACAGGCUCUUCAGACAUGACUUCGGGUACACGCUUAAAGAUUUCUCCGGCAUCUACGUCAGGGAAGGUCUGGAGAUCAGGAAGACGUUCAAGGAGUGGCUAAGGCAGUACUAUGGGGCGCACGCACGCUCUGUGGAUUUCUCGGAACCCCAACUUGUCACCAAAUUCAACCAACUCAUCUUAAGGGCCACCAAGGGAAAACUCCAGGCCGUGGUGGAGGACAUCGACCCACAGACGGUAAUGCUCGUCUUCCAGGCACUUCAUUUCAAAGGCCUGUGGGAGCACAAGUUUAUCAAACGGAAGACCGCCAUGCUCCAGUUCCACACCAGCAGGACAGCGGCGGUGAAGGUGCCGAUGAUGUACGUCAGGGCCACUGUGAUGGCUGCCACAGAUCACGUCUACGCGUGCGAUGUCAUCAGUCUGCCGUACAGCACCAAUGCCAGCAUGCUGGUUGUGGUUCCCCACAGAACCUCCGGCCUGAGGCACAUUGAGAGAGCCCUCAGCUGGGAAAUGGUCGACGACUGGCUCAGAGACAUGACAAACAGGACAAGAGAGGUCUAUAUUCCAAAGUUCACUCUCCAAGGCGACUAUGAUUUAAUUGAAGUCUUUCAAGACCUGGGUGUGAUAGAUCUCUUCCAGAAUCAAGCUGAUUUGACUGGCGUAUGUGAAGAGGGAAACCUCCACAUUAGCACGAUGAAGCAACGCGUGGCACUGAACGUGGACGAAGAUGGAAGUGAAGCAGCCGCCGCCUCCCUGUCUGGGUUCAUGCCCCUUUCCGCACAGGCCAAGUUCAUGGCUGACCGCCCCUUCCUGUUUCUCAUCCUGGAGCAUCACACCAGAUCGCUGCUUUUCAUGGGGAGAGUGGUGAACCCUUUGAACCAAUAAGUGGAGGCAGCCCGAGUUCCAGCAGGAGUGACAGCACACUAUGAUGUCAAACAGAAAGCCCUAAGAGAUUGCCAAAUUAAACCUAAUUGUUCACAGUCUGUUAUUCAUUCUUAAUGCCUGUGUUUGGUUUAAUGUUCAGAUGUUACCUAUUACUUUCCAAACCUUUAAUUAAGUACCCUGCCAGGUGAGCACCUCCGCUCCAUCUGCAAAAAGAGGAAUUUCCCAAUGGGCAACCAUUUAAGUUCCUAUCCCCAUUCCUGUUCCGACAUGUCGGUCCAUGGCCUCCUCUUCUGCCAUGAUGAGGACACCCUCAGGGUGGAGGAGAAAUGCCUCAUGUCCAUCCAGGAAGCCUCCAACCUAAUGGUGAGAGCAUUGAUUUCUUCAACUUCCGGUAAUUUUUCCCCUCUCUCUUCCCUCUUCUUCUAUUCCCCACUCUGACCCUUUACCUCUUCUCCCCACCUACCUAUCACCUCUCCCUGGUGCUCCUCCUCUUUCCCUUUCUCCCAUGGUUUUUUUUUCCAGUCCUCUUCCACCUAUUACCUCCCGGAUUCGCACUUCACCCACCGAUCUGGAUCCUCUAUCAUCUUCUGUCUCGUCCUCCUUUCCCUCCCCCUACUUUCUUAAUCCGGCAUCUUCCCCCUUUCUUUCAAAUCCUGACGAAGGGUCUCGGCCUGAAAUGCUGUUUAUUCAUCUCCAUAGAUACUGCCUGACCUGCUGAGUUCCUCCAGCAUUUAAUAUGUGUUGCUUUUACAUAGAGUAGUUGUGAAUGGGAAUUAAACCAGUAUCUGGGCACUGCUAGCAGGACAAUGCAGAUGUUUACUUAUGCUGUCGAGUGAGUCUAAGCUCUCUGUUUGAUUGCCUUCAAAUAUUAAUCUUUUUUUUAAAAUUUUGCAGAGUUUUGUCAUAUGGUUUAAGGUGUGUUAUAGAGUAUAUAUGAUUAUACAUACACACACACAAGGUGGCCAUUUUAUGAGGUACACCUCUCCACCUGCUUGUUAACACAAACAUCUAAUCAGCCAAUCAUCUGGCACCAACUCAAUGCGUAAAAUCAUGCAGACAUUGUUGAGAGGUUCAGUUGUUCUUCAGACUGAAGAUCAGAAUGGGAAAGAAAUCAUCAAAGUGACCUUGACCGUGGAAUGAUUGUUGGUUGAAGUAUCUCAGAAACUGCUGAUCUCCUGGGAUUUUCACACACAGCAGUCUCUGGAGUUCUCAGAAAAUGGUGCAAAAAACAAAAGAAUGUCCAAUGAGUGGCAGUUCUGUGGGUGAAAACAGGGAGGUCAGAGGAGAAUGGCCAGACUGGUUCAAGCUGAGAGGAAGGUGACAGUAACUCAAAUAAACACACAUCACAUCAGUGGCGUGCAGAACAGCAUCUCUGAACACACAACAUGUCAACCCUUGAAGUGGAUGGGCUACAGCAGCAGAAGAUCACACCAGAUUCCACUCCUGUACCUAAUAAAGUGGCCACCGAGUGCACAGUAUAUCGUAAAUAAGUACAUAAAAUGCUAAAAUAUUCAAAAUCCAAGAUUCAAGCUUAUUUAAUGUCAUUUCCAGUACACAAGUGUAAAGGAGAAUGAAAUAAUUGUAAUUCUGGAUCUGAUGCAGCACAAAAAAAGCCACAAUAAUAAUAAAAAAACAAUAAAUAUAAACACAUAAAAUAGCUUAUAUACAUAGAUUAUUUCUAUGUCCAUAAAAUGACGAUGGGCACAGGAGUGUCUGUACAUAGGGUGACUCUGACAGGG